AUGGCUGACCAAACUUACUUCGUUGAAAAGAACAUAGAGCAACUAUUUGAAACUCUAAUGGAAGCAGUUGUGACUGCAAAGCCCGAAAAUCCACGUCAAUUCCUUGCAGCACAGCUUCAAGAUGAUCGUUCCAUUUCAUUCCAAGACUUUCUAGCACUCUUUAAUGCUGUUUCCAAAAUUUCAGCUGAAACCAACCCUCGGCUUGCAUUCAAUAGAAUUAUUGAAGAGGUUAGGAUUAGGAUUAUUUAAAGUCAGGCGCUAGUCAUAUGAUGAUGUAGUCACCAAAGAUCUCCCAUACGGGAGGUUCUUUCGCUUUUCGACUCCAACCCAGCCCUCUACGAGUGCCCUUCUGGCACCUUCUGUCUCCUCCUUGCCUUGAGGCUUCAGUCUUGAGUGGGUGACUUAUGGAUUUCUGUGGCCCUGUUACGGGCAAUUGGAGUAGCUUGAUUCCAUGGAUCAACUCCUUGGAGUCUAUCGGGCGCCGAAGUGCCUUUCUUCGACAGCUACAGGAAAAAUACUACUCCACUGUGGCCUGGCCGAAACCCCCAAUUUCUAGGAAGGACGUUGUUGAGCACCUCCAUUUCCAACCACAGGAAAGCAGCCAAAACCUACUCGGAUACACACCUCUUGAGAGUCUGCACUUGAUUCUCGGCUCGGAGUCCGUCCCAGUUCUUGGUAGUCAUCAUGUCUGGACUGCUGCGCCAAGAAUGCACAAAUUUUGCCCAUUUUAAUGUAUAUAGAAUUAUUGAAGAGACCUGUAAACUUCUCCAUUGCGAAAGGGCAAGCCUUUUUAUUCAUGACCCAGGCCAAAAAUGUUUAAAGCUCGUUGUAGGAAAAGGUGCUAAAGGUUUAGUUUUGUAUGAGAACUCAGGGUUUACUUGGACUGUAUUCAAUACAAAGCAAUGCGUAAAUAUCCCUGAUGUUUAUUCUGAUCAAAGAUUUGACUGCUCUGUAGACUUAAAUACAGGUUUCGUAUCAAAAUCUAUGCUUGGAGUACCUAUUCUAAACCAAGAAAGACACCCUAUUGGAGUUUUACUUGCCUUAAAUAAGUCGACUGGAGCUUUUUCUGAAAAAGAUGAAGAAAUAAUCCAAAUUCUUGCAAGCCAAGCUGGGAUUUCUAUAAGGAAUGCUUAUUACUAUCAAGAAGCAAUUUAUAAUGAAAAUAAAACGAAAAUAUUGCUCAAUUUCAUCAAGAACUUGAGCAAGGAUCAACCAGGGCUGCCUUUAGCUUUAGAAUUGGCAAAGCGUGCAGGAGAAUUAAUCAAUGCUGAUAGAUGCCAUAUAUUUUUAGUUGAUAAAAGCUCUGAAAAGCUUUUAUUAAUUGCAGCUGACUCUGAGGUUGAUUUCAAGCUUCCAUUAAAUUCAGGACUUGUUUCAUAUGCAGCGACUACUGGAGAAACAGUUAAUGUGCUAAACGCUUACGAAGACCCAAGAAAUAUACCUGAUUUUGAUCAAAUUUUCAGCUACCAUACUCAGUCACUUAUGGCUGUACCUAUCAAACGUAAUGAACAAGUUAUAGGAGUUAUUCAAGUGACGAAUAAACGUUAUCAUAAUGUUUUUGGUGAUAUUGAAAUCUAUGAUUCUUUCACCAAAGAGGAUGAAAAACUGCUACUUGUCUUUGGAGAAGUUAUAGCAAAAAAACUAAAAAAUUCGUUUAGGCUACUUUUAGAUGUUACCCCUGUGACAGAAGAUGUGUCGAAGUUUGAAAGCAGCUUUGGAAAGAGAAAGAGCGAGCCUGAAGAAGACAGUCCUGCGAUGCAAGUAAUCAAAGAGGAGAAAGAGACAGAAUAA